UGGUAGCCAAUCACACACGACAACACAGUGUCUUUAAAACAUUGGCGGUCGAAGCAGACGACAGUGUAACGUUUGCUUUCAGAAUUAUCGUAAUAACGUUUUGCUUUAUGUCACAUACAUCAGUAUGAUGCAGAAUAAGGAGAAUUGUGAUCCUAAAGGGCUACAUAGACCGAUGGCAACUCCAAUGGUUUCUUUGGGUCCUCAGCGAGUUCAGAUGCCCUCUGCACCAGACGCUACAGACAAAAAAGCAAUUACAGGUCCUGGGAGAGAGCUUGCCACGUCUUCAUCCAGUGCAGCUCUAGCAAACAGGAAAUUCACCAUCGAUGACUUUGACAUUGGGCGGCCACUCGGAAAAGGCAAGUUUGGGAACGUUUACCUGGCCCGGGAUAAGAAGCUGGACUUCAUCGUGGCGCUGAAGGUGCUCUUCAAGUCUCAGAUGGAGAAAGAGGGUGUGGAGCACCAGCUCAGGAGGGAGAUCGAGAUUCAGUCCCACCUUAGACACCCCAACAUCCUGCACUUCUACAACUACUUUCAUGACCGCACCAGGGUCUUCCUGAUCCUGGAGUACGCGCCGCGGGGGGAGAUGUACAAAGAGCUGCAGAAAUGUGGUCGCUUUGAUGACCAGCGCACUGCUACAUACAUGGAGGAGUUGUCUGAUGCGCUGUUGUACUGCCAUGAGAGAAAGGUGAUCCAUCGGGACAUCAAGCCCGAGAACCUGCUGCUGGGAUUCCGGGGGGAGCUGAAGAUAGCAGACUUUGGCUGGUCUGUCCACGCACCAUCCCUAAGGCGCCAUACAAUGUGUGGAACACUGGACUACCUGCCCCCAGAGAUGAUUGAGGGAAAGCCCCACGAUGAGAAGGUGGACUUGUGGUGCAUCGGGGUGCUCUGCUAUGAGUGCCUAGUUGGAAACCCCCCUUUUGAAACCGCCAGCAACUCUGAAACGUACAAGCGCAUCACAAAGGUGGACCUGCAGUUCCCCGAAGUGGUGUCCGACGGGGCUAGGGACCUGAUCUCUAAGCUGCUCCGCCACAGCCCCUCCAAGCGGCUGCCGCUGCGGAAUGUAAUUGACCACCCAUGGGUGAAAAACAACUCACGGCGGGUCCUACCUCCUGUCUUUCCUCUCAAGAAACCCUAACGUCAGUUGUUCCAGCCUGUUACAAACUGCUAAGAAACCCUAAAAGCACCAAAGAGACAAAUCUAUUUACGGUUCCAGUCUACCUUCUACCUGAGUGAGGGACUAUGUCUUGCACUGUUGAUUGGGAGGGACUAUGGUGAUAUGUUUUGUUUAUUUUUUUCCUUCUCCACUUUCAAGGGUUUCACAUUUUUGUUACCCGGGAAAUCUUCAUCCACAGGGUUUAGAGUGGUCUUAACUUCAAAUAUUUUUUUUUGUUUUUUUUUUAUGGAUCUGAGAGGGUCAGGGGGGGAGUUUGGGAAAACCUGAACUAGAUUACUGUCAUUUAUAUUUCAAUUUACACCAAGAACAGGUUAAGGCUGCUCUCUACUGGUAGAAAUGAGGAAGGCCAUUGAGAAUAAGGAUGAUUCCUUUAUAAUUCUUAAAUGGAUUUCAAGAAGAGGAUGUCUGUCUACUAACUAAAGUCUUUUCAGUUUUUGUACAGCAUGUGUAUAUAACGGCAUCUACAAGCAAAGUUUAUGUAUCUGAAAUUUCCUUGUGCAACUGUUUUGAAAUAAAAAUCAUCCCAACUGUGAGGGAACCUUAAA